AUGUCUUCGUCCAAUGCACGACCGCCAGCUCGAAGAGGGCCUUCAGGCGCCUGGGGCAGGCUCCGGCAACCGCAAAUCGAUCCCCUCGAAGUCUAUGGCUUGCCGUCCAAAGGCGAGACAAGACUCGCAGACCUCAAAACCCAAGAAACAUACUUCGAACGCAUAGUAACCCGCUACAUGAGAUUCUGCGCCUCCCACCCCACGGGCGAGAAACUAGAAGCCGCUUUCCAAAACCUCAGCCUCGCUACCUCGACCCCUACCCCAUCGCCCGCAGUAGCAAGUCUGCAUACGGCAAAGGCUCAACAUCAUACAAACACAACAUCCCAGCAGCCACAAGCGCAGGAAAUGUCUACUAUUCUCAUGGCGAUGCGGAAACUUCGAGAAGCCUUGGUGGCAUCGCAUAGAGUCGACGCAUUCGCCCAACGUGUGUAUACCUUUCAAAUCAGAGCGAGUAUCCUGUGCAAGCAUCUAGAAACAUAUCAUCCAGCCCUGCAAUACCUGUUGUACAAAAUCCACCCACGCACGCCUCUAUCGAGACCGGAAUUGCAGGAAUUCGCCAGUUAUUUGGUGUUGGAUAUGGUGUGCAGACAAGGUGAUUUUGUGGAUGCAUAUCGCUUGAAAAGGUGUUUUGGAAUCAGAGAUGGGAAAGUUGAUAAAGUGGUAAAGGCGUUGGUUCAUGAUGAUUGGGUGGUGUUUUGGAGGAUGAGGAGGGCGGUGGAUGGCUAUCAGAGGUGUUUGAUGAGUUGGGCUGAGGAGGGGGUGAGGUUGCAUGCGUUGAAGUGUUUGGGGAGGGGGUAUAUGAUGGUGGAUAAGGGGUUUGUGGAGAGGAGUGCUGAUAGAGGGUGGGAGGAAUUGGUUGAGAGGGACAAAGUGGGUUGGGUUUUGAGGGAGGAUGGUGUGGUGGUUGUUAGGAAGCCUAAGGGCACUUGA